AUGUCGAAUUUAAUGCAAAAAUCCUCGAACAAUAACCUGAAAGUAAGGUCCAGACCAAGACGUAAGUCUUCCAUAGGGAAGAUCGAUCUGGGGGACACCGUGCCUAGUUUGGGUACGAUGUUCGAGACCAAGGAAUCGAAAACCGCUGCAAAAAAACGUAUGCAAAGGCUGUCCGAAGUCAGCAAAAAUGAUAGCGACCUGGUCAAGAAGAUCUGGUUUUCAUUUAGAGAAAUAAGUUAUCGUCAUGCUUGGAUAGCUCCCUUGCUGAUUUUAAUUGCGGUGUACAGCGCCUAUUUCACCUCCGGCAAUACUACAAAGACAAACGUACUUCAUAGGUUUGUUGCCGUAUCAUAUCAAGUCGGCGACACUGACGUAUACGGCAAAGGUAUCAAGGAUCUGUGCUUUGUAUUCUACUACAUGAUCUUUUUCACAUUCUUACGCGAAUUUUUAAUGGACGUAGUUAUCAAGCCCUUCGCAGUCAGCCUGCAUGUCACUUCCAGACAUAGAAUCAAGAGAAUGAUGGAACAAAUUUACGCCAUCUUUUACACCGGCUUUUCCGGACCCUUCGGAUUGUAUUGCAUGUACCAUUCCAAUGUAUGGUUCUUCGACACAAAGGCAAUGUACAGAACUUAUCCAGACUUUACAAAUCCCUUUUUAUUCAAGGUCUUUUAUUUGGGCCAAGCUGCAUUUUGGGCUCAACAAGCUUGUAUCCUUGUGUUGCAACUGGAAAAACCAAGAAAAGACCAUAAUGAAUUGACUUUCCAUCAUAUUGUUACUUUGCUAUUGAUUUGGUCUUCUUACGUCUUCCACUUCACUAAAAUGGGGUUGCCAAUCUAUAUUACAAUGGACCUUUCCGAUUUUCUUUUGUCCUUGUCCAAAACUCUAAACUAUUUGGAUUCUGUUUUUGCUCCUUUCUCUUUUUGCAUUUUUGUCGUUUCAUGGAUUUACUUGCGUCAUUACAUCAAUUUAAAGAUCCUGUGGUCCGUUUUAACGCAAUUCCGUACAGAAGGUAAUUACGUCCUUAAUUUUGCUACUCAGCAGUACAAAUGUUGGAUUUCUUUACCAAUUGUGUUUGUAUUGAUAGGCGCUUUACAAUUAGUCAAUCUUUAUUGGUUGUUCUUAAUUUUCAGAGUUCUAUACAGGAUUCUUUGGAGAGGUGUUCUAAUAGAUGAUAGAAGUGAUAGUGAGUCAGAAGAAGAAAGUGAUGAAAGUGCCACUACACCAACUGACUCUACCCCAACGAAAAAAGUUAUUUAA